AUGAGAUGGUAUGUACAGCGAUGCCUAUGGCCUUGCAAAACAAAUUCAACAUUUCUUCUGGAUACUGAUUGUCUUGCAAAUGCCGAGGACGUUAAAGCAGAUGACAAUGGUAAAUUCCGUCACAAUGGGGAAAAAAUCGACUUCGUUGAAUUAAGUGAAGGGCAAGUCAGGCAGAUUAAAGAGAAGCCAGACACUCUUGAACGGGGGCAGUAUAAGCUUUCCAGAACAUAUUGGGUGCAUUCUAGUAACUCUGAUUUCAAGCGACGGCUGACUGAAUUAGAGGAUCAUUCUGGUGACAAAUCUCCCGUCGUUAUAUUACAGUAUCAAUUUUCUGGAGAUCCCACAGAUAUUACAGUGGAACAGCACAAGAACGCUAAGAAAAUACCGAAGCCGUUCUAUGUCACUGCGAAAAGCACAAGAGACAAAAUCUCGCAAAAAGCUCAGACGGCCUUGGGCCCUUCAUCAAUAUACGACGAGUUAUACGAAGAUGGUGGUGGUAUCUUGGACAAAACAGCUUCUUGCACAGUUCCACGAAGUGUCUCGCAGGUCAAGUACGAACGAGGCAAGCUUCGAAAGCAGCAUAGCAAAGAUGAGUUGGCAGAGCUAAUAGAGAAAUGCAAACAGUCUCAAGGCAGUUUUGUUCAUUCACUUCAAGUCGGUCCAGACAUCAGAGUCGUUCUCGCCACUAAGUCUCAGUUAGAGGACUUGGUCAAGUUCUGCUGUGAUCCUGAAAGCUUUUCAAUUCUUGGUGUUGAUGUCACUUACAACAUUGGACAUUUCUAUGUGACAACCACUACCUACAAUCACCUAAUGCUAGUUACCCGUGAGACAGGAACAAGCCCAACAUUUCCUGGUCCAAUGAUGAUGCACACGAAAGAAUCUUCCGAAGAUUUCCACUAUUUUGGAAGCACGCUUAAAGAACAAAACCAUGAAGUCGAGAACAUUCUUUUCAUAGGGAGUGACCGCCAGAAGUCCAUCGACAAUGGUUUAUGCACCUAUCAUUGUUUUCCCCCUGAGGGGGGGGGUGCGGGCGACCCAGGGGACUUUGACCACACUAUGAAGCCCCAGUGAGGGGAAUUUGACCUAUGCAUCAACUCCCAGAGUCGGGAAAUUUUGACAUCCGCCAUCUUGAAAGUUUGCGCGGUUUUGAUAUUAAGAAGCCUGGUAACAACUAUGGCAAUAUGGCGGACAAACAAGAAGAUCAAGUUUCAUCGAAAAAGGUAUUUUAAUCCAUAUUAAUAUCACACUACAUUAAACCAUCCAUGUUUGAUUUAUAUUAUAUUAUAUCAUAUAUGUCUUUUUAUUAAAAUAUGUAUGUUUUUUUAAUGAAUAAAUAAUUUUUGGUGAUUUAAUUAAUAUAAAAUAUCUUAUGAAUGCCCAGGGCAGUCAUGCGAUAAGUUUUAUAUUUACAUAUAUUAAAAUUUUGUUUUCGUUUCAAAACAGGUUCUACUUCAGUAUGACGACAGUCGGAAGGUGGUUUUCGUGGACAAAUUCUCCGACAUUGUCAACAAAGCGAGGGAAUGUUUUGAAUUAAAUAAAGGAAACGUAUUGAUUGUCCAGAAAUAUGAUGAAGAAUGGAGCGAGUACAUAGAUUGUAACAGUUUUGCCCAGAUUAAUACUGGUGAUAAACUUAAAAUAAUAUUGAACCAAACCUGCCGAUCUGAUGAUGGUCAAGAUACAUCUCUAGUAAGUAUUAAACUACACUUUUCCUCAACACUAUCAACUCAUGCAAUUUGAACAUUCAAAGCCAUUUUUAUAUUACUUAUGCAUUCUUUAAAUGGGAUAUAUUGGUUCGAAUUACAUGUAUUAAUUGUUAAAUAUUGUCAAUGAUGUAGUCACAACAAACCAGGGAGGUUGCAACAUAAUGGAUUUGCAUGAAUCCUGUAAAUGUUCAGGCCAACAACUCUGCAUGGGGGAGUGGCUCUAGCUAUGUCUCUGAAUGUUUAUAUAAAGAAAAAGAAAUGGCAUUUAUAUCUAAGCAAAAAAAAAUGGCAAAUAAAUAAAGAAAUGGCAUUUAUAUUUAUAUCUACUGUUGUGGUGACCCUGCCAUGAAUGCAUGACAAUGGCGAAGUUAAAUAAUUAAAUAAAUAAAUAAAUAAGCUGUAUAAAAUGGUGAUGUGACCUCUUUUAGAAAAUAUUUGAUAUGCUGCAGAUACUGAAAGAAUUUGUAGACUAAACCCAUUAACUGCCAGUACCCUACUACUGAAGAGUAAAAUCAUUGUUUACUUAUAGCCAAUUAAAGUAAAACAGGCUGGCGUUGGGCAGAGUAAAAUACAAUAGAAGGGCAUAUCUGCCUCAUUGCCAUAUGGGAUAUAAUCAUGCACUAUGCAGGGUUUGGGAGAAAGGGAAUUAUAAUUGUUUCACAAUACUAAUCUGUAUUUUAACAGAAUGACUCCACAAAGAGGGACUUACCCAAAGAGAAGGUUCGACAAGUAUUCAAAGGCCAAAAGAAAAUAAAACUAUCAACAAAGGGUGAAAUGAUCCUUGAGCCUUUACAAGAGCAGGUAAAUUAAGUUAACACACACAUGAUAUACUUUGAUAUUCAUAAAAAAAUGAUUUGGUGCUGGAAAUUGUAUUUUUCCACUAUUAAAUUCUUUCCAAUGUAAAAUGAGGCACCCAAAUUAAAACUAUAGAAUUUGUAUGACAAUUACAAAUUACUAUAAUUGAAAUAUGAACAUUGAGCUAUACAGGUAUAUCCAGAAAAUAUGUUGUUUUGUGCAUGUGAAUACAUUCAUUCAUUCAGACUUUUUUCAGGAUAUUGUGAACCUUCAAGCUCAGACAGAACAUGAGUCAAUACAAAGAGGGCAAAUAUAUCAAAGACCAGAACAUUUACUAAAACCAUAUGAAAAAGCAAUAAAUGCUGCAUCAGAAGAGUUG